ACAGGUCAGCCCAAAUCCACAGGGACUGCUGAGGCCUUCCCGUGGGCCCUUUGGGGCCGAAGACUACGAUGCAUCGCGGGGAUAAGGACUUGCAGACUUCAGCACGCAAGAUGGGCACAUCCUUGCUUUUUCAGCUAUCGGCUCACGAGCGAGAGCUAGAUUUGGUAUUUCUGGACCACAGUUACGCCAAACCUUGGAAUGCCCAUCCAGAUGCCAGUAGCGCUCGGCCAACCAGGACGCUGUUUGUUACACCUCGCCGGCAGCCUGAAACCGUCUCAGACUCUGAUUCUCUAUUAGAUGUGGAAACAGUCACACCGACACCUGUUCCUCUAUACGACAACCAGAAAGCUCUCAGUGUGAUGAAGGAGUGUGAGCGACACGUUCUGUUUGCUCGAACAGUUGCUGAGAGCCCCCCGCCCCCCGAUGACUGGGAGGAACACAUCAAUAAGGUUGGAUGGUCAGUGGCUCAGAACAAAUUGUUCAACAAGGUCCUUAAAGCGCUACAGGCUGAACGAUUAGCCCGUCUGGCCAAUGAAAAUGCCUCCAAUGAGCCUAUCCUACGGAGGAUAGCCGUGGACAAGUGUGCCAGGAAAGUGCGACAUGCGCUGGCUAGUGUGAAUUGGGACAUCAAACUGACCCAGUGGCUACACACCACCAUGAUUGAGUCUUUAAGCCUGGCCAUGCUUGCUGCUUACCUAGAUGUGCUGCAGACUCUUAAAAGCAAGCUGCCUUCAUUAAUCGACAGGAUGUUGUUGCCAUCUGCAAAGACUGGAGCUCCGAGUGCAGAGGCCUUGUCACUGCUGCUGAAACGCCCAUGGGAUCCAGCUGUCGGGGUUUUGUCUCAAAAUAAACCGAGCAAACUUCCUGGCUCUCCGCUCAUCCUUAUUGCGCCAUCAAGCCCGACUAAUCCCACCCUCUCCACUUCACGACGAAUGAGGUUCUGGCAGUCACAGCUCUCCUGCUUGGGAAAGGUCAUUCCAGUACACACUCAUGUGAACAGCGGAGCCAAUAUUGGCAUCACACAAUGUUUGGAGCACAUGCUGGGGACUGUUAGGGCCAAGGUCAUGGAGGUCCACAGUCAUUUCCCUCACAAGCCAAUUAUCCUGGUGGGCUGGAGCGCUGGUGCUCUCAUCGCCUGUCAUGUGUCCCUGAUGGAGUAUCUCACAGCUGUGGUGUGUCUUGGCUUCCCCCUGCUAACAGUUAAUGGGCCAAGAGGGGACGUGGACGACCCACUGCUGGACAUGAAGACCCCCGUGCUGUUUGUGGUGGGGCAGAAUGCCCUCCAGUGUAGCACAGAGGGAAUGGAGGAGUUCAGAGAGAAGCUCCGAGCUGACAACAGCAUGGUGGUCGUUGGAGGGGCAGACGACAACCUCAGAAUCAAUUCGGGAAAGAUGAAAUCUGAAGGACUGACUCAGACGAUGGUGGACCGCUGCAUUCAGGACGAGAUUGCUGACUUCCUCUCAGGUGUCCUUGCUCGAGCAGAGAGCCACAGUCAUGGUUCGGGGGAGAUGAGAGACUUGGACACAGAAAAGAAAAAGAGGCCUCGACGAGAGCUUCCCUUUGACAUGGAAAAGGGGCGACCUUCCUCCCCGGCCCUGAGAGUUCCCAUCUCACCAUCAGGUUCUGAGGAUCUGUCUAGUGUGUGUAGCAGUCCCACAUCGAGCCCCAAACCCAAGACCUCUGGUCUGUCUCCAGCACAGAAAUCCAGUCUAAUCACAGCCACACAGCUCCUCAAGACUCACAUGCAACGCUCGGGCACCGUGCUCACUCACAAGCAGGCUCAAGCUCAGUUUGCUGCUUUUAUGAAACAAAACAUGCUUGUGAGGAAAAAUCUUCCUCCUGGCACCCCUCCUUGUAUUUUUGUGCCAGUGACCAGUGAUCAGAUGGAAGGCCUGGACAGAGAUGAGUUACGGUCUCAUGGCAAGAGGAGACAGACACCCAGUCCAACACCAAGUAAAGCUUCCAAAAGGGCAAAGAUUAAGGUCACCAUUGUGUCCCAGAGCGAGUCAACAGGAGCUUCCAUCAGCCCUGCAGAAGUUGGUGUCUCAGGGAAACCUUUAACUGUGGCAGUGGGUCAGACUGUGGCGGGUGCCAAGGAGCUGUCUGGACUCCUUACAGGCCAACGGUGUGCUAGCCUGUCAGAGGUGUCUGGUGCCCUGUCCCCAGGCUCCAGCUCAUUCAACAGCGCGCAGCCUUGCAUGGUGUCAGGGUCCUCCACACCAGCCCAGGUGCAAGCUCCAGCUGCUGCCCAAGCGCCUUCCGCCAGCAGUCUUCUACAAGGCCUAAGUUUCAGUCUUCAGGAGAUCGUCACCAAAGCUUCUAACUUGUCCUCCGCAGCAGCCAACACAGGCAGCACGCAGGUGGUUUGCACUAAGUCCCAGGGUCCGGUCCUGAGCUCCGGUGGUGCCAGCAGCAGCACUCUGCUCCGGGCCGUGCCUGUGGUCACCACAGGAGGCGUGGCUAAAACCACAGCCAUCCAUCAGCUGCUCACCAACGGUGGGCUGGCCAAACUGGCGAGCAGUCUGCCUGGCUUGGCGCACAUCACCAAUCAGACCACUGGAGGGCAGAAAGCCCCAACUUCUAUAACAGUGACGCUACGAGGAGCACAGCCGAGUAGAGCGGGAUCUCUCAGCCAAGCUGGGGAGACUGUGGCGCCAGCUCUCACACACGAGCCCAAGCAAUGAAAGGCUUUGGCUCUCUUUCCAUGUGCGGAUGCACCUGACGUAAGAUGGUGCCGUGCAAGAGCAAUCAUGGAGCGACUGCCAGCAGAAGAGACCCCCCCCACCCCCCCCCCCCCACACACAC